GUGAAAGAGGCUAUUUCGCGGGUUCGGUAACCCUAGGUGCAGUGCGCGCACGAGGCCCUUCUUCUCGGCGCAUUUUAGCAUAAGAAUUCAGAAUUCUAUUACACUGUUUCUUUUACUCUUCCUUUUUGGUAGCUUCACACAAUUCCGAAUUCCCACAGAGAGAGAGAGAGAGAGAGAGAAUUAUGGGAAGCAACUUUCUCUCUCCGCCAGCUAAGCGCUCCGCACUCGACCCGAAUCCGUUUCCUCCAAACGGACCUUCAAAGCGCUCCAGGCAAUCCAAGCCUCCGCCGCCGCUCUCCGUGCCGCCCGGCCACGUAGCCUUCCGCCUCCUCUGCAACGCCUCCCGAAUCGGCGGCGUUAUCGGCAAGUCUGGCUCCGUCAUCAAAACUCUCCAGCAAUCCACCGGCGCCAAGAUCCGAAUCGAGGACGCGCCGCAGGAGUCGCCGGACCGAGUCAUCCUGGUGAUUGCCGACGCCGCACUCAGCUGCAAGGUUCUGCUGAGAAACGAAGAAGUCGUUGAGGUGUCGAAGGCGCAGGAGGCGCUGCUGAAGGUGUUCGAUAGGAUCCUCGAAGUGGCAGCGGAGAUGGAAGGAGUCGACGUUGGGGACAGGGUAAUGUCUUGCCGGCUGGUGGCGGACUCGGCGCAGGCUGGCUCCGUCAUCGGCAAGGGCGGGAAGGUGGUGGAGAGGAUCAAGAAGGAAACCGGAUGUAAAAUUAGGGUAUUAACUGAUGAUUUGCCACUUUGUGCCUCCGCUUCCGAUGAAAUGAUCGAGAUAGAAGGCAGAGUGUCAUCUGUAAAGAAGGCACUUGUUGCGGUCUCCCAACGGCUUCAAGAUUGUCCCUCUGUUAAUAGAAUAAAGAUGAUGGGAAACAAACCUUAUGAAAUAGUUCAGUAUGAAACUUUAGAUGCACUUCCUCGUGAGAUUUUAACUGCAGCUCCACGUGGGACUUUAACUGUAGUACCACAUGAGACUGUAGAUCAUCUUUUGCUUAGGAGCUCUGCACUUUCUACUUUAUCCAGUUCCUCUAACAGCUAUGCCACCAGAGUUCAUUCACUGUCAGCAGAAGUUAAUAGAGUCUCAUCCUUGGAACCAAAAGCACUUCAGCAGGAAGUCUCCUUCAGAAUACUUUGUUCAAAUGAUAGAGUUGGAGGAGUUAUUGGAAAGGGAGGCAAUAUUGUUAGAGCUCUUCAGAGUGAGACAGGGGCUACAAUAAGUAUUGGUCCUUUGGUAGCUGAGUGCGAGGAUCGAUUAAUUACUAUUGCUGCUUCAGAGAAUCCUGAGUCAAGAUAUUCACCAGCACAAAAGGCUGCUGUGCUUGUUUUCUCCAGGUCCAUUGAGGUUGGUUUUGAGAAGGAGCUAGACUCUGGAUUAAAUAAGGGGUCAACUGUUACUGUGCGUCUUGUAGUUCCAUCAAGCCAAGUUGGUUGUUUGAUAGGAAAAGGUGGAGUAAUAGUAUCAGAAAUUCGAAAGGCAACUGGGGCCAACAUAAGAAUAAUUGGGACUGAUCAGGUGCCAAAAUGCGCAUCAGAUAAUGAUCAAGUCGUACAGAUAUCAGGAGAGUUUUCAAGUGUGCAAGAUGCCUUGUAUAAUGCUACUGGUAGACUGCGAGAUAAUCUUUUUGUCAGCACACAGAAUAGUGCUGGAACAAGGAGCCUUUCUUCUCUACGAGUUGAUACCAGUCCCUAUGGGAUACAGCAGGAUUUUGUUCCUCAUGGAAGCCAACUGCCUGCAACCACUUCUCACUGUCUGAGUAGACAUACUUUUGCUCAGGGCAUUGAUCAUCUUGGUCUUUCUAGAAAUUUAGAUCAUCCUUCGUCACCAGGGUUAUGGACUAGAAAUUUAGACCGUACUUCUUCACCUUUGUUAUGGACUAGAAAUUUAGACUGUCCUUCUUCGCCAGGGUUAUGGACUAGAAAUUUAGACCGUCCCUCUUCGCCGGGGUUAUGGACUAGAAAAUUAGAUCGUCCUUCUUCACCGGGGUUAUGGACGCAGCCAACAGUGGCUGGGAUAAAUUCAAGAAGCAUUAAUGAUUUUAGUUUGGGAUUGACAUCUCGAAAAGGCGGCUUAGAACUUGUGAGCAGUGGAAGUAAAUCUGCUAUCGUGACUAAUACGACAGUCGAAAUUGUGGUUCCUGAUGAUACUAUUGACUGUGUAUACGGGGAAAAUGGUCGCAAUUUGGUUCGUCUGAGACAGAUAUCGGGUGCCAAGGUUGUUAUCCAUGAACCUCGUCCCGGAACAAGUGACAGGAUUAUUGUCAUAUCCGGUACACCAGAUGAAACCCAAGCAGCGCAGAGCCUUCUCCAAGCAUUUAUUCUUAGUGGCUCAUGACAUAUCCCCUCUCUCCAAUGGCCCCAUUAUUUAGUUUGUUCGCUUCCUUUUUCUCUCCACCUGAAAUCAUGUAAUAUCCAGCCUUGUAUUAUUCCCAAACAGUCAUCCGUGGUUAGUGGCGUAAGUGUAGUUAUUUAAAAUCAAUAACUUGAUUCAUUAGUGCAUAACAAAGUAUCGUUAAGCCUUUCAUUAAAAAAAAAAAGAAAACUCUCGGGUUGUUGACCUGGUUUCCUUUUAAGAUCUGACCUAGGUAGUAUCCCUACUAUUCAAUUA